UGGAAACUUGCCAGGCCCUGUGGCUUAUUUUUCUCCUAUGUUUAAUUGGAAACUUGCCAGGCCCCUGUGGCUUAUUUUUCUCCUAUGUGUGUCUCCUCUUUUACCUCUCUAUGUGUCUCUCCCUCUCUAUACCAAAAAUUUCAAACCUCAUAGCAAAGACUUUUUUCUCUCUCUCUAGAAUGGUAGAAUUCCAAUUUCACAUUUUGUAUAAAAUAGCCCCCUAUUUUUGAAUUUUUAUUAACGCAGACUUCCUCUUUCUUCCUUGUCUCCUAAGCUUUUUCAGCUAUUUGACUAUUCAGAUCUCACCUUCCCUUUAUUUGCUUCUUCUCUCUGAUUUUUUUGGACAAAAAAUUGUUGAGACAGCAACAAGACUUUGCUGAAAAUGGCUAGUCAUUAUGAUCGCAACCCUUUUGCUGAAGAAGAAGAAGAAGUUAACCCUUUUGCUGAUGGAGGGGGAAAAUCAAAAGGACAGUCAAAAUUUAGUGGAGGGGCAUUUUAUACCACAAGUGUUCCUCCAGCAACAAACUCAAGACUUUCACCCCUUCCGCAUGAACCUGCUGAUUUCUAUGAUCGCGAUGUGCCUGUUGAUAUUCCUCUUGAUAGUUCUACGGACUUGAAAAAGAAAGAGAAGGAACUUCAAGCAAAGGAGAAUGAAUUGCGAAGGAGGGAACAGGAACUGAGACGAAAAGAAGAGGCUGCCGCUAGAGCUGGCAUUGUUAUUGAGGCGAAAAAUUGGCCUCCAUUCUUCCCAAUUAUCCAUCAUGAUAUUGCAAACGAAAUACCAGUUCAUUUGCAAAGGCUGCAAUAUGUCGCGUUUACUACCUUUUUGGGGCUUUUUGCAUGUCUUCUAUGGAACAUCAUUGCUACCACUACAGCAUGGAUUAAAGAAAAAGAUGUAAAGAUCUGGUUCCUUUCAAUUAUUUACUUCAUAGCGGGGGUUCCAGGAGCCUAUGUACUGUGGUAUCGUCCUCUUUAUCGUGCAUUCAGAACUGAGGGUGCUAUGAAGUUUGCAUGGUUUUUCUUGUUUUACUUGCUUCACAUUGCAUUCUGCAUCUUUGCGGCUGUUGCUCCUCCAGUAGUUUUCAGAGGAAAAUCACUUACAGGCAUUCUACCUGCGGUAGAUCUCAUUGGCAAACAUGUACUUGUUGGGAUUUUCUAUUUCAUCGGUUUCGGGCUAUUUUGUCUAGAGUCUGUGCUGAGCAUAUGGGUUAUUCAGCAAGUAUACAUGUAUUUCCGAGGAAGUGGUAAAGCUGCAGAGAUGAAGCGCGAAGCUGCAAGAGGGGCCUUGAGAGCAGCAAUAUAAUGUUGUCCUAGCAGAUGCAAGAUUUGAUCACUUUCAGUCCGGCAGAUAUGCUUAGUUUCAUUAUAUGUUUUCUCAUAUAUGUAUAUGCCUUCAUUUAUACUACUCUGACCACAUUGGUGUUUAGGAAAAAUUAUAGAGAUCAUAUUUACAAACAACAACAAACCCAGUGUAUCUGGUCAAAAAACAAUCUUUGUGCAUGUAAAUCACCUUCUUGAUCUCGGCCUCUCUGUUUUAGGUCACAAUACUUCGGAGUUAUUUUGUUUUCAAAAUAUUGUAAUUUCUUUAGCAA